AUGGGAAGUAAUCUGAUUGAGGAUGAACACAAAGACAUGGGUGGUGGUGGGAGUAACUUCAUAGCUGGAGUCUUCCUCCAGGCCAUGAGUAAGAAGAUGAGUAUCUAUGAUGCCAUGGUAAGGGGGCUGCUGACGCCUGGCACAGCCCUGGUGCUACUGGAGGCACAGGCUGCCUCAGGGCUCCUCACUGAUCCUAUGAGGAACCAGAAGCUGUCGGUGGAAGAAGCACUGACGGCCGGACUCAUUGGCAGAGACUUCUACCAGAAGCUGCUGUCAGCUGAGGGAGCUGUCACGGGCUACACUGAACCAUACACAGGCCACCAGAUCUCCCUCUUCCAGGCCAUGAAGAAAGAGUUCAUUGUGAAGGAACACGCUGUCCGUUUGCUUGAGGCACAAAUCGCCACCGGUGGCAUCAUUGACCCUGUGCACAGCCACCGCAUCCCGGUGGAAGUGGCCCACAAGCGUGGGUACUUUGACCAGGAGAUGUGCCAGUUCCUUUCUAACCCCAAGAACCAAAUAAGAAGUUGCUUUGACCCCAACACCCAUGAGAACCUCACCUACAUGCAGCUCCUGCGCCGCUGUGUGCCCGACCCGGACACAGGGCUGCUGAUGCUCCAUGUGAUGGACAAGGGCUCCGUGCUCCACCAGCUGAGCAAGGAUGCUCGUAAAGCCCUGCAGGCUGCCUGCACCACGCUCAGUGUGGGGCUCUUCCAGGGACAGAGCGUCAGCCUCUGGGAGCUCCUCUUCUCCCGCUACGUGCCCGAGCACCAGAGAGAGGAGCUGCUGAGGAAGUACAAGGCGGGGACGGUCACCAUCCCAGAGAUGAGCACCCUCCUCACCACCAGCAUCACUGGGGCAGGAAUGAAAAAUGGGCAUUUGAGCUCAUCCACAGUUACAGCCAACAAUGAGGAGGGAGCGUCACAACCAUCACAACCAGUUCAGGACAUGCACUCCCAGGAGCAACAGUUGAGAAAGUCCCUGAAAUCUGCAACCAUCUAUGUCACUGCUGGUGAAUUCCAGGGGAAAAAGGUUUCCUUGCUGGAUCUGCUUUUUUCCAAACAUAUCCCUCAAGGGAGGCGGCAGGGGCUGCUGGAGCUGUACAGAGCAGGGAUACUGACCACAGAACAAGUUGCCAUAGUGGUCACCACCAUCAUAAACAGAACUGCAGCUGCAAAUGCUGUACUCAGGGCCAGUGCCAGAGGUCCACACAGGGCAAUGACAAGGGCAGAGGAGAACGGAGGUGAUUCUUCAACACAAUAUGCACAACUAGAUAACACCUUGAAGUCUACUACCAUUGAUGUGCCAGCUGGUGACUUGCAGGGAAGGCAGGUCUCUGUGUGGGACCUGCUCUUUUCUGACUACAUCCCCGAGGAGAAAAGGCAGGAGCUGCUGGAGCUGUACCAUGAAAGGCUGUUAACUCUGGAGCAGUUAAUAACUGUUGUCACCACUCUCGUCAAGAAAAAGGAAUCUACAGGUAGGAAAUUCCAUGUUGCAGUCAAGGCUCCUAACAGGGACACCGUGUCAGCAUCAGGAGAGAAGGAUGGUGACUCCACCAAAGAAGAAGAACCAUGGGAAACAGCCUUGAAAACCGCAGUCGUUGACAUGGAUGUCGGAGAGUACCGGAGCCACAAGGUCUCAGUGUGGGACCUGCUCCACUCCAAGUAUAUCCCUGAGGAGAACAGGAAGGAGCUCCUGGAGCUGUACCAGGCCGGAGAGCUAACCCUUGACCAGGUGAAAACUGUG